UCUCUCUCUCUCUCUCUCUCUCUCUCUCUCGUCGCGGUAUCGUUUUCGAUUCGGUCUCCGAAAAGAAAGAGGCGGCUCGCGGGAGAGCGCCUUCCUCGCCCGCCACCUCCUCUUCGGAGUCCGCACGAGAGCGUACGUGCGCGCGACGGUGCGAGCGCCCGCACGGUUCCCCUCCCUGCGACCAUGUGCGGCAUCCUCGCCGUGCUCGGGUGCGCCGACACCUCCCUCGCCAAGCGCUCCCGCAUCAUCGAGCUCUCUCGCAGGCUGCGUCACAGAGGCCCUGAUUGGAGUGGCAUACACUGUUACCAGGAUUGUUACCUCGCUCACCAGCGGUUGGCUAUAGUAGAUCCUACCUCUGGAGAUCAACCACUAUACAAUGAGGACAAGUCAAUUGUUGUUACGGUUAACGGAGAGAUCUAUAAUCAUGAAGAGUUGAGAGCUAAAUUGAAGUCGCAUGAAUUCCGGACUGGGAGUGACUGUGAAGUGAUUGCUCAUCUCUAUGAAGAGUAUGGAGAGGAUUUUGUGGAUAUGUUAGAUGGCAUGUUCUCAUUUGUUCUUCUUGAUACUCGUGACAAAAGCUUUAUCGCUGCUCGUGAUGCCAUUGGCAUUACUCCUCUGUACAUGGGCUGGGGACUUGAUGGUUCAAUUUGGUUUGCUUCCGAGAUGAAAGCAUUGAGUGAUGAUUGCGAACGAUUUAUUUCCUUUCUUCCUGGGCACAUAUACUCAAGCAAAAAAGGUGAGCUUCGAAGAUGGUACAAUCCGCCAUGGUAUUCAGAACAGAUACCCUCUACUCCUUAUGAUCCUUUAAUCUUACGUAAAGCUUUUGAGAAGGCUGUUAUUAAGAGGUUAAUGACUGAUGUGCCCUUUGGUGUGCUCUUGUCUGGUGGGCUUGACUCCUCACUGGUUGCUGCUGUUGCUUCGAGGCACCUGGCAGAGGCAAAAAUUGCUAGACAGUGGGGAUCUCAAUUGCAUACAUUUUGCAUUGGAUUGAAGGGUUCUCCUGAUCUGAAAGCUGCGAGAGAAGUCGCUGAUUAUCUUGGCACUGUCCACCACGAGUUUCACUUCACAGUGCAGGAGGGCAUUGAUGCACUCGAAGAAGUCAUUUACCAUAUAGAGACAUAUGAUGUGACCACAAUUAGGGCAAGCACUCCGAUGUUUUUGAUGUCUCGUAAAAUCAAAUCGUUGGGGGUAAAGAUGGUACUAUCUGGUGAAGGUUCUGACGAAAUAUUUGGCGGUUACCUGUAUUUCCACAAGGCACCUAACAAGGAGGAGUUUCACUUGGAAACAUGUAGAAAGAUUAAAGCUCUUCAUUUGUAUGAUUGCUUGAGGGCUAACAAGUCCACUUCAGCAUGGGGUCUAGAGGCUCGUGUUCCCUUUCUUGACAAGAACUUCAUCAAUAUAGCGAUGGACAUUGAUCCUGAAUGGAAGAUGAUACGACAUGAUCUUGGCCGAAUUGAAAAGUGGGUUCUUCGAAAUGCAUUUGAUGAUGACAAGGAUCCAUAUCUGCCAAAGCAUAUUCUUUACAGGCAGAAGGAACAGUUUAGUGAUGGAGUGGGGUACAGUUGGAUUGACGGUUUAAAGGACCAUGCAAAUCAACACGUUUCAGACGCCAUGUUGAUGAAUGCAAGCUUUGUUUAUCCUGAGAACACUCCUACCACAAAAGAAGCAUACUACUAUAGGACAAUAUUCGAGAGGUUCUUCCCCAAGAAUGCUGCGAGGUCAACCGUACCGGGAGGGCCCAGUGUGGCGUGCAGUACGGCCAAGGCAGUUGAAUGGGACGCGGCCUGGUCUAAAAACCUGGACCCAUCCGGCCGUGCGGCACUCGGUGUACAUGCCGCUGCUUACAAGGAUGUUGCGCCAGAAAAUGCUACAGCUUACGCGGACUCCCCAUCAGUGAAUGGUUUUCCUCCAACUCACAAGGAUGGUAUGAUUGAAGUCGCUGCCUCUGCUACUGCUCGUUGAGGAAAUGCUUUCCUCGAGAGGACAAAUGAUGAGGAAUAAUACUGAUAGAAACGACGGUUAAUAGACAGAUUUUUAUUUUUACGUUCGAGACUCGUUGAUCUCACCUGUAACUUAUACUAUCCUAGAUGAACAUUUCUUGUGCUUGUUUUAUUUGCAGUUUUUGUAGGAAUAGACAGAUUGUUUAUGUCCAGCAGCUUUGUAAUUAUCUGUUUAAUAUGUGUGAACUCUUUUUAGUUUUCCUCUAAAAACGUGUCCUUUUUAUGCGUGCA